UGGAUGAGCUUUCCAGAAGAUCGAUCAAUCACGUUUCCGGCGGAGACGUUUGUCCCGAAAGUACAAAUGCAGCAAAAUGUGGAGCCCAAGCGAAUUCCACGAAACGUGGAGAUGGAGAGGAGACGCAGAUUGUACAGGAAUUUGAAAAUCCAGGAUGUUUUGGAGGAAAUUGGCGUUUCACCGAAGCAAAUGUUACCUCCGUCCGCCACAUUGCCGCUACUAACUUACGAAGAGACAUACGGUUUGUUCAGUACGGCGCAUUUUCUUCCUUUGGAAAUCUUUGACGAUGAGGAAUACGACUGUAGAACGGUAGAAGAUUGGAUAAAUCUUGGGGUGAUCGAUGGAACGCAUUAUCCGCUACCGGCCACCGUUUUUGUGCCAAGAUUCCGAUCCGAGGACGAAAUGUUUUCCCUCGAGGACAAUCAGUUGAACAGCCUGUUCGCUUGGACCAACGCUGCUGUUACUCGCUACGAUCGCGAGAGGAAAUUGUGGACUGUGCUCACGCUUGACGGCAGAAAGCGCGAGUUUAAGAUACCGAGGAUUUAUAUUCGUCUGUUCGCCGAAGAUCCAAGGAUCUAUGCGAAGAGAGUGGCGGCGGCCAUCAAACAUAGACGAAUUGCCGAAGCUUCUAUAAAGUAUCAUUUUUAUUUGGAUUGUAUGCUAAUGGAAGGCAUGAAAACAUUAAACGAAAAAGAGAAAGAAACGAUCGUUCGUUUGGCUACGAAUAAUUCCAGAUACAAACACAAAUAUGUAAUGUUGCUGAUGGAAGAAAUUUGUCUGGAUUACCAGCGGACCAUGUGCGAUCUUACGUGGAGGCAGAUGAUACAGCGAAAUCCGGAAAUGUUCAAAUUCGUCACGUGGAUGCCCGAUAUCGAGGCCAUAUGGGUGCCAGAAAAGGGCAAGAUCGAUACAGGCAUGACGAAUUUUCUGAAAGUGAGGCAACGUACGCACUGGAUAACGUUGUACGUUCACGAAGAAGUAUACCAAGCUAUGGCGUGUGUCAUGGCGGAAUGCAUGUACGUAUCCUCUAUGAAUUUAUUCGCUACUUCUUAUGGCAAACAAAUAAGACUGUUAGAGUUCGAGGAUCUGCAAGGCCAGGCCAUCCUUACGGUUAUUAAGUAUCUGAAAGAGCCGUGGUUGGAAAAAAUUACGCAGUCGGUUAGGAUGUGCUUGAGGGAUCUUGGAAAGGGUUGGUUUAAUCUCGAACAGAAGAAUCACCGGGUGUACGAUGUGAUGAAAUUGAAACGUUUCAUGAAUCUCACCACUCUUUGUAUGCAGUAUGCGUUGCGUGUUCUGGUGGAAAAUUCGAUCAAAUUAUACGGAGAGAUGUUGGAAAGACCAGCGUUGUGUGUCUUGGACGUAGAGGAGUCAUUCGUUUGGGGAGACGAUCUCAUUGAUACCCAAUUUAAGCCUGAUGCCAGUCCCAUCUUCCUCGUUGAUCUUCAAAUGGAUGAACAGAAAGCAUAUUACACGACAAAUCCAGACAAAUUUGUAGUAGGAAAGCAUCGUCACUUUAUACGACAACGCGCUCGCCGCUUGCCAUCAAAUCAGGAGGAGCUUAGCACGGCGGAGAUAAAGGAGGAAAUUGCGUUUCAUAUGACGAUGAAGCAGAAUCUGCAAUCGACUUUACCCAAUACCAUUGCCAUCGGCCCGUUUCUAGCGAACGUUCGCCCUUUGAAGGAUUUGCUGAUGCGGAAACGGCACGAGUGUGCCACAGAAUUGCUCGUUAUGUUGACGGAGAAGUUACGAACGGAAGUCGACGAUAUCUUGGAAGAAUACACGCAGAUAAGGUACAAAUUGAGGGAAGUGCCGCAGAGUAUCGAGCAUAUAUUCGAGAUACGCGACUGGAUGGAAACUAUACCGCUUCGAGUGCAGAAUCUCGAUGAGAGGAUGGACGUAUUGAAGUUGGAUUUUGAUAUUCUCGACGGAUUUCUAUGGAACAUAUCCGACGAAGACUUCCAUGCCAAGUGGGAAGUGAUCGGUUGCCCUGUUCAAAUUGAGAACGAGGUGCGAGAAACGAACGAACGGCUGAUGGAAGAGCAGGAAAAGUUCUACAAAAUCCAACUGCAGGACGAGGUUCUACUGCAAGAGAGAAUAGACACUCUGGUUAGCAACGUGGCAAACAUCGCUCUUCAAACGGAUAUCAAUCGUAUACACGAGACUGCGCUCGAUGUGAAACGAAUUUGGAAAAGCAUGGUCGACUGUCGGGAGAUGGGUUUAUUGCUCAAUGAACGGCAAAAGCUGCUCGACAUGAAAGUGGUGCCUUUCGAUCAUUUGCACAAGUUGAUGCGCGACUUUGAACCUUACAGAAGCUUGUGGGUCACCGCUUCAGACUGGCUUAAAUGGCACGACAUAUGGAUGGAUAACCCGCUGAUGAACGUCGAUGGCACUCAGAUCGACGUUCUAGUUGCCGAUAUGCAUCGGGCAAUGACACGCGCGAUUCGAACGUUUCAAGAAUUUCCAAAGGUGCAAGCGAUUGCAAUUGCUAUAAGGCAGCAAAUAGAUGAAUUCAAGCCUUACAUUAGUCUCAUACAAGCUCUUCGAGAUCCGGGAAUGAAGGAUCGCCACUUUGAGCAACUGAGCGCGCAAACCGGCAUACAGAUGGCUCUCAAGCCAAGCAUAACGUUUAAAUCGCUGUUGAUGCUCGGUAUCGAGGAGUUUGAAGAAUUGGUAAAGACCGUCGCCGACACUGCAGCCAAGGAAUACGCCACGGAACGGACGUUGAACCAAAUGAUCGAAGAGUGGGAAACGAUCGUUAUGGAGAUACUUGCGUAUAAAACCACUGGAACGUAUAUAAUAAAGGUGGCAGAGGAAACUACGAUGCUACUAGAGAACCACAUACUCAGCGUACAGCAGCUGGCGUUCAGCCCGCUGAAGACCGUUUUCGAGGACGAGAUUACCGAAUGGGAGUAUAAAUUAAAGUUGACGGAGCAAGUGCUGAUUUUAUGGAUCGAAGUACAAAGAGAUUGGAUGUAUCUGGAGCCGAUAUUUACUUCGGAGGACAUUAAGGUUCAGCUGCCGGUGGAGACUAGGAAGUACAAUGCGAUGGAACGCAACUGGAGACGGAUCAUGAAGAACGCCUAUGAAAAUCCCUAUGUUAUCAAAAUAUGCCCCGACAUCAAUCUACUGGAGAGCCUUCAAGAGUGCCAAAGUUUGCUGGAGGUAGUGCAGAAAGGUCUAUCGAACUACUUGGAAAUGAAACGACGAAUUUUUCCUCGAUUCUACUUCCUCAGCGACGAGGAACUUUUGGAGAUCCUGGCUCAAGCGAGGAACGUGCAAGCGGUGCAACCGCACCUUAGAAAGUGUUUCGAGAACAUUCAAGAAGUGAAGUUCGAAGAGGAUCUACAGAUCACUCGGAUGUACUCUGCCGAGAGGGAGGAAGUGGUGCUAGAUCCACCCAUGUACCCGUUGAGGAGCGUGGAGUUUUGGCUGGGCGAUCUGGAGACGGUGAUGCGCACCACUAUCAGAAACAUCAUUGGAACAGCUCUGCUAGUCAUCGAUGUAAUUCCAAGAAAAGCGUGGGUGUACAUGUGGCCGGGACAAGUGACUCUCUGUUGCGGUCAAACUUAUUGGACUGCACAAGUGGAAAAUGGCAUCCGUACCGAAACUCUCUCCGACUACUAUCAGCGACUGUUGGCACACAUGGAGGAUCUACGCGAAUUGGUGCGCAGUCCACAAACGGAAAUUCAAAGAUUAAUGCUGGAAGCGGUAAUCACUAUCGAGGUGCACGCGCGCGAUGUGCUGUACAAGCUGUUACAGGAAAAAGUAUCGAACGUGAAUGAUUUCGAUUGGAUAUCGCAGCUUCGCUACUACUGGGUGGAUGGCGAGCUGAAAGUGCGUGCUGUGAAUGCAGAAUUUCCGUACGGAUACGAAUAUCUGGGUAACACUGGAAGACUCGUCAUCACCCCUCUGACUGAUCGAUGUUACUUGACGCUAACCGGGGCGUUGCACUUGAAAUUCGGCGGUGCGCCAGCUGGCCCCGCCGGAACGGGCAAAACGGAAACCACCAAGGAUCUCGCCAAAGCGUUCGCCAUACAGUGUGUAGUGUUCAAUUGUUCCGAUCAGUUGGACUUUAUGUCGAUGGGAAAGUUCUUCAAAGGUCUCGCAAGUGCAGGCGCAUGGGCAUGUUUCGAUGAAUUCAACAGAAUAGAUAUCGAGGUGCUGUCCGUGAUUGCCCAGCAGAUCAUGACGAUCCAGCAAGCGCAACAAAUGCGAAUGGACACAUUCAUCUUCGAAGGGGAUGAAAUCGUACUGAAGACAUCCUGCGCGGUGUUCAUCACUAUGAAUCCUGGUUACGCGGGUAGGACGGAAUUACCAGACAACUUGAAAGCCUUAUUCCGUCCUGUGGCUAUGAUGGUACCAGACUAUUCGCUCAUCGCUGAAAUUUCAUUAUUUUCGUACGGUUUUUCCGAGGCGAAAGUUUUGGCGGGCAAAAUAACGACUACGUUUAAAUUGAGCUCGGAACAAUUGAGCACGCAGGAUCAUUAUGAUUUCGGAAUGCGAGCAGUGAAGACGGUCAUCGCUGUGGCAGGAAAUUUAAAAAGGGAACAGAAAGAUUUAAACGAACAGCAGAUCUGUUUGCGUGCUUUGCGAGAUGUGAACGUUCCCAAGUUCUUAAAAGAUGAUUUGACGCUGUUCAACGGUAUCGUGUCUGAUUUGUUUCCACGUUUGGAGGAGAAACACGUAGACCACGGGGUAUUGGAGACACAAAUUCGUGCAGCGAUUGCGAGGAUGGGCCUAGAAGAAGUUAACGAGUUCGUGAAGAAAGUUAUCCAAUUGUACGAGACGACUGUGGUGCGGCACGGAUUAAUGCUGGUUGGUCCAACCGGGUCGGGCAAGACAAGGUGCUACGAGGUCCUGAAGGAAGCAUGCACGAAACUGAAGGGACAGCUACAGCCAAGCGGUAAACCAUUCGCGACUGUGAUCACGCACGUGUUGAAUCCAAAAUCAAUUACGAUGGGUCAGCUGUACGGCGAAUACGAUCUUGACACGCGUGAAUGGACCGAUGGAAUUUUCUCGACGUUGCUCAGAGCUGGAAUAGCCGCGGACGAUUCGAACAAACGUUGGUACGUUUUCGACGGACCCGUCGAUGCGCUGUGGAUCGAGAACAUGAAUACCGUGUUGGACGACAAUAAGAAACUUUGUCUAACCUCCGGUGAAAUAAUGAAGAUCCUGCCUACGAUGACGAUGAUGUUCGAAGUAGCUGACCUGAGGGUCGCUUCGCCGGCUACGGUUUCAAGAUGCGGCAUGGUGUAUCUGGAACCGGAAGGUUUAGGUCUCGAUCCCCUGGUUAAUUGCUGGUUAAAACGGUUGCCGAAAAAUAUGUGGGAAUACGUGGACGAAAUCGCCGAAUUAACCAGACAGUUUUUGUUUCCCGGGCUGAAAGUUCUACGCAACGAUCUGCGAGAAAUCGUAAACACCGUCGAUUCCGGGAUGGUACAGUCCUACAUAAACUUGAUGAACUUUCGGAUUGCCGGUCACGACUUUCGAGAUGACAAUAGUAGUAUCGUUGCAGCCGGUCUGCUGUCGCCUUGGGCAGCUUUCGCUGCAGUCUGGAGUCUUGGAGCGACCAGCGACUAUAACAGUCGUUUGAUAUUCAACGAGUGGACGAGAAAAGUGCAAAGAGACAAUCGCCAUCCUUUGCCGUUUCCCGACGAUGGUUUGGUGUUCGAUUACAGAUUGCACGACGGAGGCUUUACCGAUCCGAUCGACGGCCAAGAACCAGUCGCACCGAGGUGGUACAAAUGGUUGGACGACGUGGCUGCGAUCAACAUCACGCCAGAGAUGAAGUUUGCCGACAUGGAAAUACCGACGAUGGACAGCGUAAGAAGCGCGACUCUGAUCGGCUAUCUGUUGAUCAACAACUCGAACGCUCUGUGCGUCGGGCCAACCGGAAGUGGAAAGACCCUGACCGUAACGGCGAAACUUUCGAGGAACAUGCCGAAAAAGUUUAUUUGCGACUUUAUCACCUUCUCUGCCAGAACUAGCGCGAAUCAGACUCAGGAUUUGAUCGACGAAAAAUUGACGAAAAGGCGUAAAGACGUGUACGGGCCACCGUUGCUUCGACAGCAAAUCUUCUUCAUCGACGAUUUGAACAUGCCUGCUCUUGACACGUACGGUGCUCAGCCUCCUAUCGAAUUGCUGCGACAAUUCAUGGACUUUCGGGGAUGGUACGACCGGAAGGAGAUCGGUUCGUUCAGCCGGAUAGAGGAUGUCAAUUUCGUCGGUGCGAUGGGACCGCCCGGUGGCGGUAGAAAUCCAAUAACCGACAGACUGUUGCGACACUUUCAUUUCAUUGCAUUCCCGGAAAUGGAAGACGACGCUAAGAGACACAUCUUUGGAACGAUUUUAAACGCCUGGCUGUCCGCGACGCCGCACUUUGCACACAUGUUGGACACUUUUGUGAACUCGACGUUGGAUUUAUAUACCGUUAUAUGCAAGCAGUUGCUGCCGACGCCUCACAAGUCUCAUUAUACCUAUAACGUUCGCGAUCUCGGUAAAGUGUUCCAAGGAAUGCUGAUGAUGAAUCCGGGAAAAAUAGAGCGUCGAGAAAAACUAUUGUUACUCUGGUACCACGAGAAUGUACGAGUGUUCAGCGAUCGUUUGGUGAACGACCAAGACCGAAAAUGGUUCGACGACCUCUUACGAAAUACGAUGAGCAGAGAGUUUCGGUGCGAUCCCAGUGAAAUCGUCGGCGAUGUAACGUUAUUUUUCGGCGACUUUGUUGGGACCAGCAAACAGUACGAUGAAAUAACCGAUCGGAAGAAGAUGGAACACGUAUUGGAGGAAUUCUUGGAAGAUUACAAUGCUUCGACAACGACACCCAUGAAGCUGGUACUGUUCCAGGACGCUAUGGAUCAUAUCUGCAGAAUCAAUCGAAUCCUGCGACAGCCUCGAGGAAACGCUCUGCUCCUGGGAAUGGGAGGAUCGGGACGACAGAGCUUAACGAGACUAGCCUCGAACAUGCAAGAUUACGCUUGUUUUCAAAUAGAGCUGAGCAGCGCUUACACGUCGAGCGAUUGGCGCGACGAUAUUAAAAAUUCAAUGACGAAGGCCGGUGUACAGAACCAAUGUAUCGUCUUCUUAUUUUCUGACACACAGAUAAAAGACGAUUCGAUGCUAGAGGACUUGAACAGCGUGCUAAACAACGGUGACGUACCAAAUAUCUACAAGGCGGAUGAAAUGGAAAAGAUUUUUCAUUCGAUGCGUGGCCAGGUGCAGGAAGCUGGCCUACAAAUCAAUAGAAGUAACCUGUUUUCCGUCUACGUGAAGACAGUGCGCAACAACCUACACGUCGUCGUUACUAUGAGCCCGAUCGGUGAGACGUUUCGCGCACGUAUCAGACAGUUUCCAGCUUUGGUGAACUGCUGCACGAUCGAUUGGUUUUGCCCGUGGCCGGAGGCCGCGCUUCAGAGUGUCGCUAUGCGAUUCCUCUCCGAGAUACAAGACGAAUCUAUCACCGAGGACGCGUUGAAGUCGAUCGUAAGAAUGUGCCAGUAUAUGCAUUCGAGCGUGAUCGAUGCGAGCGAUCUCUUUCUCAAGGAAUUGAACCGGUAUAAUUACGUUACGCCCACGUCGUAUCUGGAACUAUUAUCCGGCUACGGUGAUCUCCUGACUAAGAAGAAAACGGAGAUACAAACGGCGGCAGAUCGUCUCGCUACUGGUCUGGAGAAACUGGCGAGCGCAGAAACGGAAGUAAAAAAUAUGCAGCAAUUACUGGCGGAGAUGAAACCAAAGUUGGAAGAAGCGGCGAGAGCGACGGCUAGAAUGAUCGAAAAGAUCACGGUCGACACCAUGGAGGCAGAGAAGACGCGAGCGCGGGCGAAAGAGCAAGAGGCGAUAGCGGCGAAGAUGAAGGUGGAGAAUCAGGCGAUCAGAGACGAAGCGGAAGCUGAUCUGAGUGAAGCGCGGCCGAUGUUGAUCGCUGCGGAAAAGAGCUUGAAGGCCCUGAACAGAAACGACAUCACCGAGGUGAAGGCGAUGAAAAGGCCUCCGCUCGGCGUGCUUCUCGUCAUCGAAGCCAUCUGUAUUAUAAACAACGUGAAACCGAUCAAGGUGCCGGUGGGUGGGAGAUUUGGGGCAGAAGCGAAACUGGAUUACUGGACACCUGGCAGCUUGAUGCUCUCGGAUCCAGGCCACUUUUUAUACACCAUGGAGAACUACGAUAAAGAAAGUCUGACCGAAGAAAUAAUAAAUAAGCUAAAGCCUUACAUCGAAGAUCCGAAUUUUCAACCAUCCAAGAUCGAAUACGUGUCAAAGGCGUGUCACUCGCUGUGCCUGUGGGUGCAUGCAAUGUACAACUACUAUUUCGUAAAUCUGAAAGUAAAACCAAAGAUGGAAGCAUUGGCGAAGGCCGAGGUGGCUCUCGUGGAGACCGAGGAGACGCUGAAUAUGGCGAUACAAAGACUGAGGGAGGUGGAGGAAGGUGUGGAGCAACUACGAAAGCUUCUGCGAGAAGAAGAGGAGAGAAAAGCGGAACUGGAGCGGGAAAAGCAGCUUUGCGAAGAUAGGAUGGGAAGAGCUGUCAGGUUGAUCGACGGUCUCGCCGGGGAACAGAUACGUUGGACCAGCACGGUGCUCGAACUAAAUACGUCGUUGAAAAACGUCGUCGGCGAUAUUCUCCUAGCUUCCGGCGCGAUAGCCUAUUUGACACCAUUUACGGACGCGUAUCGACAGACGCUGUUAUCGUCGUGGAAAAAGGUUCUCGGCGAAGGGGUUCCGCACACGCCGGGCAGCGACCCCGUAUCCACUUUGGGCGAUCAAGUGGAGAUAAGAAGGUGGCAAAUCGAGGGAUUGCCCAGAGAUACGCUAUCCGUGGAAAACGCCGUGCUGGCGAUGCGCUCGAAUCGCUGGCCGCUGUUUAUCGACCCCCAAGCGCAAGCGAAUAAAUGGAUACGUUCGAUGUACAAGGGCAACGGCAUAUCGGUGGCAAGAAUGAAGGACAGAGAACUGCUUCGCGUGGUCGAGUCCUGCGUGCGAUUUGGAAGAGCCUGUCUGGUGGAGAACGUCGGCCAAGAGCUGGAGGCAGGAUUAGACCCGAUCCUCUUGAGAUCGUUGUUCGAGCAUGGCGGUCAAUGGUGCGUCAAAGUCGGCGAGAAUAUCGUUCCCUACAAUCCGGAUUUCCGGCUCUUCCUCACCACCAGACUCUCGAGCCCGCGUUACACGCCCGAAGUAUGCGUGAAGAUACUGCUGGUCAACUUUGCGCUCACCGCCACAGGUCUGGAGGAUCAGAUGCUGUCGUUGGUUGCCAUCCAAGAACGGCCGGACCUCGAGCAAGCGAGAAACGUUCUGAUCGAAUCGAACGCCGAAAUGAGAAAAGAGCUACAGCAGAUAGAAGACAGGAUCCUAUAUCGAUUGUCGGUGUCCGAGGGUUCCGCCGUCGACGACAUGGAUCUUAUUCUCACGUUGGAGGCGUCCAAAGUUAAAAGCGAGCAGAUCAAGGUGAAGAUGAAAGAAGCGGAGAUCACCCAGGUAGACAUCGACACGACCAGAUCGCUGUAUAUACCAGUCGCGGUUCGUGCCCGUAUCCUCUUCUUUUGUCUCUCCGAUCUGCAAUUCAUCGACACGAUGUAUCAGUACUCGCUCGAAUGGUUCGUCGACAUCUUCAACAAUAGCAUACUGGCGACGGAAAAGAGCGGUGAUAUUCAAGUACGAGUGGCAAAUAUCAACCGAAAAUUCAUGUUGUCGCUGUUCUCGAACGUGUGCCGCAGUUUGUUUGAAAAACACAAGCUUCAUUUCGCGUUCCUCGUUUGCGCUAGGAUUCGUAUGAACGACAAUUCGAUCGACGCGAUCGAAUGGAGGCAUCUUUUGUCGGGAGCCGAACCGAUGCAAGAAGGUGAAAACCCGGCGCCAGGAUGGAUUACACCGCGUUGCUGGAAGGAGAUUCAGGCGCUCGACAAUCUGCCAAGCUUUCAGGGAUUCGUCGAAUUCUUCAAACAGUCGGUGACUCAAUUCAAAACGGUGUUUGACGCUCAGGAGGCGCAUCUGGCCGCGUAUCCAGAACCAUGGCGAUCCAAGCUGGACGACUUUCAGAAGAUGUUGCUGCUCAAGUGUCUUCGACCCGACAAAGUGACCAACGCGAUGCAACUCUACUUGGCCAAAUAUUUAGGCCACGAAUUUGUCGAGCCUCAAACUACCGAACUGUCUGCCAUUUACCACGAAUCUUCGCCAACUACGCCCAUUGUCUUCGUUUUGUCCACCGGCACAGAUCCCGCGGCGGAACUCUACAAAUUCGCGGACAAGCUAAAGAUGAGCACAAAAUUGCACGCUAUCUCGCUUGGACAGGGACAAGGUCCCAGAGCCGAAGCGAUGUUAAAGCUAUCGGCGGAGCAAGGCUACUGGUGCUUCUUUCAGAAUUGUCAUUUAGCCCCAAGUUGGAUGCCGGAGUUAGAUUCGUUGGUCGAGCGUCUAUCACGGGCGAAGAACCAUCGUGAUUUUCGCUUAUGGCUAACCUCCGCACCUUCGCCAGACUUUCCCGUCAGCAUUCUUCAGAACAGCAGUAAAAUGACGGUCGAACCACCCCGGGGAAUAAAGGCAAACAUGUUUCGCGUGUACUUGACGCAAGUGACAGAGAUGCAAACGUUUAUCGACUCUGCUCAUGCGAGAGUUGGCCACUUCAAAUGGUUGGUAUUUUCCCUGUGUCUGUUUCACUCGGUACUGCUGGAACGAAGAAAGUUCGGUUCCUUAGGAUUCAAUAUACCGUACGAGUUCACCGACGGUGAUUUAAGGAUAUGCAUGUCGCAGCUGCACAUGUUUCUCUUGGAAUACGACACCGUUCCGUUUAAGGUGCUGAUAUACACAGCUGGUCACAUCAAUUACGGCGGCCGAAUUACGGACGACUGGGAUCGUCGAUGCGUGCUGACCAUCCUGCGAGAUUUUUACAGACAAGAGAUUCUAUCGUCGUCGUACCAAUUCGACGAAGAAGGCCGUUACGUUCAACUACCAGACACGGCCACGUUCCACGAUUAUAUCGAGUACGUAAAAACCUUCCCCCUCAACGACGAUCCAUCCAUGUUCGGAAUGCAUCCAAACGCGGAUAUUAGCUUCGCGCAAGCGGAAACGUACGCCUGUCUGAACACGUUACUCGCGCUUCAACCACGACAAGUGGGAACCGCGGCUGCGAGUGUCGAAGAGGUGACCAAUCGAUUAGCCCAAGAUAUGCUGUCGACGAUACCACGAACCUUCGAUUUGGCCGUUAUGCAGCAAAAGUAUCCGGUAUUAUACGAAGAGUCCUUCAACACUGUACUGCUUCAAGAAGCUAUACGCUAUAACGGUUUACUGGAUGUGGUAAAAACAACACUGGUGGAUCUGUUGAAAGCUUUAAAAGGAUUGGUUGUCAUGUCUGAAUACUUGGAAAUUGUGUCCAACAGCCUCUAUACUAACAGAAUUCCACAAGUUUGGCAAGAUAAGGGUUAUCCUUCGUUAAAACCUCUCGGUGCUUGGUUCCUGGAUUUGAAAGAACGAAUCCAAUUUUUAAGAUCUUGGGAAAACAGAGGGAUACCAGCAGCCUUUUGGAUUUCCGGUUUCUACUUUCCCCAAGCAUUUUUAACAGGCACUUUGCAGAAUUUCGCACGCAAAUACGUCGUAUCCAUCGACGCGAUUGAUUUCAGUUUCCAGGUAUUAAAAUCGAUACCACAGCACAGACCGCCAAAUGGUUGUGUUAUUUAUGGCCUGUUUCUCGAAGGAUGUCGAUGGGAUGGAAACUAUUUAAACGAAUCUUUACCUAAGGAACUAUAUACUAACAUGCUUCCGAUUCUACUUUUGCCAGAAGUAGAUCACAAGCAGCCCGAAGGAAUCUACGUUUGUCCCGUGUACAAAACUAUCAACCGAGCAGGAACAUUGAGCACUACCGGUCAUUCGACAAAUUUUGUAUUGCCGAUGGAAAUCCCUAGCCAAAAACCGCAAGCUCAUUGGAUCAAGAGAGGCGUAGCUCUGAUUUGUGCAUUGGAUUACUAACG